AUGCCUCAAGGACCGAUGCCAGAGUUUUCUACCUCGGUGAAGCUCAAGUAUGUGAAACUCGGCUAUCAAUACUUGGUCAAUCACUUCUUGAGUCUUCUUUUGAUCCCUAUCAUGGCAAUCAUCACCGUUGAGCUUCUUCAGAUGGGUCCAGAAGAGAUUCUUAAUGUUUGGAAAUCACUUCACUUUGACCUAGCUCAGGUUCUAUGUUCUUCUUUCGUUGUUAUCUUUAUCUCCACCGUUUACUUCAUGUCCAAGCCACGUACCGUCUACCUCGUUGACUACUCUUGUUACAAACCACCUGUCACGUGCCGCGUCCCCUUCGCAACUUUCAUGGAAUAUUCUCGUUUGUUCCUCAACGACAAGCCUAAGCGCGCUGAGUUUCAAAUGAGAAUCCUUUAA